AUGGGUGAAAAAGUCGGAUUCGCUGCCAGUGCGCGCCAGUUCUUUCUUGGUGGCGAGGCCACUUCAAAGGACGAGAGGAAGCUUGUCAGAAAAUUAGAUUUCUUCAUUCUUACCUACUGUUGUUUCAGUUACUUCUUCAACUUCUUGGAUCGCUCUGCGUUUGCUAAUGCCUAUGUUGCUGGUCUUCGUGAGUCACUCAACAUGAGUGGCCAUGACUACAACAACGUUCUUUCUGUCACUACCGCUGGAAUGGCCAUCGGCCAACUACCCAACGGUAUCAUCAUCCAAAAGGUCAGGCCUCGCAUUUGGCUACCUUCGAUGGUUGUUUUAUGGGCCGCCAUGACUAUGCUGAGUGCUGCUGUCACAAACGUCACCCAACUCUGCGUCAUCCGUUUCUUCCUUGGUCUCGCUGAAGCCAGUACAUACUCUGGCGCCAUGUACAUCAUCGGAGCAUGGUACAAGCCUGAGGAAAUCCAAAAGAGAACUGCCCUGUUUGGUGUAUCUGGACAAAUUGGUACCAUGUUCGCUGGCGUGAUGAUGACGGCCAUCCAUAAGGGCAUGAGAGGAAUGGCUGGACUACAAGGUUGGCAGUGGGUAUUCAUCAUCGAUGGAAUCAUUACUCUUCCCAUUGCCGUCUUUGGUUUCCUCUACUUCCCUGAUACACCUGAGAACACUCAGGUCAGCUACUUGUCCGAGGCCGAACGAAAGCUCGCACUUUCCAGAGUUCCAAGAAUCGCCGAGGGAGGUCACAACAUCAUGCCAAUGUCCCUCCUCAAGAGAGUGUUCCUGACGCCCAUGUUCUGGAUCCUCUUUUUCUGGUCUCCCGUCUGCGCCAGCACCGAAGGUUUCCCUUUCCAAAACAGCUUCCUCCUUUGGCUCAAGUACUACAACGACAAAUUCUCACAGGUCCAGAUCAACACAUACCCUCUCGGUGUUCAAGCCGUUGGUAUCUUGGCAAAUAUGGUCGCCGCAUGGUAUAUGGACGCCACCGGACAGCGAGUACCAAUGGCCAUCGCCUGCGUCAUCCUCCAGAUCGUUGUGGGAUCUAUGCUCCUCGUCAAGAACCUGUCCAUGGGCGCAACAAUGUUUGCAUUUUAUCUUGCUGGCUCUGCCUAUAUGGUGAACCCACUCAUCUUUGGUUGGGCAAAUAUUAUCUUACAGCGAACCGGAGAUGAUGCUCUACGAAGUAUCACACUCUACUGCAUGAAUAUCGGUUCUAUGUCCAUGUGGACCUUCUGGGGUAUCAUUUUCUAUAGUGCCGCUGAUGCGCCAUACUGGAAGAAGGGUUCUAUCGCUCUUCUCGGCGGCUGCGGUGUCAUGUUUUGCUACAUGUGGCUCGUUGUUUAUGUCGACAGGUCGACAAUGAAGAAGCAUGGUGAUGGAAUGGGAGAUAACACGGAGGAGCCUCUUGAAAUUGUUGAAGAUGAGAAGAAGCCCGAUACUCUAGAGGUGACAGAGAAGCAGAACAGCACAUAG